AUGUCUAAUAAAGUGGUCAAGGUUGGAUUGACACCAGAACAACAAAAGACGAGAGAUAGCAUUUUCUAUCAAAGCGGUAUCAAAGGCGCAUUAAUAGGUUUAGGUAUUGGUGCAGCAGCUACUGCUCUCGUUGUUCGUAAAUCAGCCGAAUUUAGAGCUUUAAGUAGACCUAUGCAAUCUAUUAUGGCAGCCUCGACAACGACCGCUGGCUUUCUCUUCGCAUCCGACAGAGCUGUCACUGCAUACGAGAACAAUGUACUUGGUUAUACAGACGAACUACUUGUAGAGCAAUUGGAACGACGAAGGACACCUGAUGAAAAUUUAUCGACAAUUGAUCGUUCUUUGCGUUAUUUGAACGAUAAUCGUUGGUCAUUCAUUGUAGGUUUAUCAUGGGCUGUUUCAAUGGCUGGUGCACUGGGUUACAGUUUCUCCAAUAGAUACUUAACAACUCAACAGAAGAUUGUACAAGCGCGUAUGUAUGCACAAGCAGUGACAAUCGCAGUGUUGAUGGCAUCAGCGGGCCUUUCCAUUUAUGUCGGUGAUGACAAGAACCAAAAAACUAAAGAUGUCCCUGACGCGCAAUUGUCUGCCAUCCUUGCUCUGCCUGAUCAACCAAAGCAAGAGUCUAAAGUGGUUAAACAAGAUUCUACUAAUUAG